GCUAUGAGAUGGGCCGACCAACAGUAGUCGUGUGUGUGUUUGUGUGUGCUCAUUGCACGAAACGUGUCUAUCAGCAAAGACACACACACCUCCACGUUAGACUUUGUAGAUAACGUUGUUUUUUUUAAUUAUUAUUAUUGAGUGAAAGUUUUAUAUUGAUUAGUUUCGAUGCUCUACUAUACACGGCGUGGGAUUUGGCCUUUGACGCGCAGGAUUUACCCGAUUCCGUUUUCACUGAAGACUGACCGCUCCUCCUCCCCUCGAUGAAGCGCUGCGAUGCCCUCUGAUUUUAUAUCCCUCCUUAGCUCGGAUAUAGACCUCAAUUCCCCCAAAUCGCUAUACUCUAAAGAGUCAGUAUAUGACCUCCUCCCCAAAGAGCUCCAGCUUCAGCCGCCGUCCACCCAGACAGACCCACCCACCAUGAGCCAGAAGAGCGGGGGAGAGGCGGGACCUCCCCCCUCGGCGACGUUGGCCUCAGAUGCCACCUCUUCCACCUCCAGCCCCUCUGCCUCUUCCUCCCUCACCAUGGGACUCUCGUCCAGUGGCCUCUCUACCUCCUCCUCAGACCACCUCGCCGUCUCGCAGCACCUCCACCCCGCGGGGGCGGACGGAGCCGGAGCGCCGGAGAUGCAAGGUAUGGAGGCCGCCGGAUCCGCCGCCGGCAGAGGCAACGGUGGAGCGAACCCCGCGGGUGGGGACGCGGGCUCCGGAGUGCUGCCGGGGCUGGGCGUGCAGCAGCUUCAGAACACCCCGUCCAAGCGAAGGCCCGUGCUGAGCAUAUCGCCGCCGCCGGAAGAUCUGUUCGACGACAGCCAGAUGUCCUGCCAGGAGGAGCCCGCCGUAGCCGCCGCGCCGUGUCCGGACUCGGAGCACAGCAGCAGCAUGUGGGCCGACGACUCCGUGUCCAACUUCAGCCUGAUCAGCUCCGCCUCGUACAACGACAACACGGAGGUGCCGCGCAAGUCCAGGAAGCGCACCCCGCGGCAGCGGCCGGGCCCCAAGCCUGCCCCCCCGGAGAACAGCAUGGACGUGUUUGACGCCGACAGCGCCAAGGGUCCGCACUUUGUCCUCUCCCAGCUGAGCACAGACAAGGCCGGCGCAAUCCCAAGCUCUCUCGACGCAGGAACUGCGGUGAAAGGUGGUUCGCUGUCCGCUCAGUUUCCUCAGAGGAGCGACGGGAAGGAGCUCAAGAUCCUGGUGCAGCCAGAGACCCAGCACAGAGCUCGGUAUCUGACGGAGGGCAGCAGGGGUUCGGUUAAAGAUCGCACACAGCAGGGAUUCCCCACUGUCAAGUUGGAGGGGGUUAGCGAACUGGUGGUUCUUCAGGUGUUUGUGGCCAACGAUGCGGGCAGAGUCAAGCCUCACGGCUUUUACCAGGCCUGUCGGGUGACGGGACGCAACACCACUGCCUGUAAGGAGGUGGACAUCGACGGCACCACGGUUAUAGAGAUCCCUCUGGAGCCCAGCAACGACAUGACGCUAGCUGUGGACUGCGUAGGAAUUUUGAAGCUGCGUAACGCAGACGUGGAGGCACGCAUCGGCGUGGCGGGAUCUAAGAAGAAAAGUACACGAGCCAGGCUGGCCUUCAGAGUCAACAUCCCCCAGCCUGACGGCUCGGUGCUCACUUUGCAGGUCCCCUCAUCGCCCAUCCUCUGCACCCAGCCAGCUGGACUGCCGGAGAUCCUGAAGAAGAGUCUCCACAGCGGCUCGGUGAAAGGAGGCGAGGAGGUUUUUAUAAUUGGCAAAAACUUCCUCAAAGGAACCAAAGUCAUAUUUCAGGAGAACCUUGCAGACGAUAAUUCCUGGCAAGCCGAGGCCAAGAUUGAUAUGGACCUUUUUCAUCAGGUACAUGUGGUGGUGACCGUCCCUCCGUUCCAAAGCCAAGCCAUCACUUCUCCCGUGACCGUGGGGAUCUUUGUGACGACCAACGCUGGUAGAUCACACGAGGCCCAGCCCUUCACUUACACUCCAGAAUCAGAUGACUCAAAUGGCCAGACAGUGAAAACGGAAGGAACCUCGCUGGUCAACACCUGCAUAUUCGACGGCCAAAUCAAAUCUGUGUCCUCUGAGCAAAGCGACUGCUCCGGCCAGCCCUCCAAGCGGCAAGAGGACACCCCUAUGGAGGUCUCCAGCAAUCCACAGCCCACAGAUGUGUUCAAACCGUCCCCAGACCCCCUGAUCUCAGUGCAGCAGACUCUGGAGCUCAACUCAAGUCCACAUCCUGGAGGAGAGGCUUUCGAAAGCCCAAUGCCCCUACAGCCCGAAGACGUUGAGCUCCCCCAGGCACCCCCCGUCUUCCCUAGCCUAGAGUCUCUCGGCACCAUACAAAAGCAAGAGCUCUCUCCACCCACGUCGUUCCCGGUGUCGGGAGAUACCUCGAUACCGCCGGUAACACCAGAGGUCCCUCAGCAGUUCCUCAGAGACCCCCAAGAAAGCCUGUCCCCUGAGACGUCCGAUAACAGCGGCACGAUCGUGGUCGUGGCCAUGUCUCAAAUGGCGGCCCCCGCUCAGCCGCAACCGCAGCCGUCGCAGGUCACCCUGUUCCCCCAGGAAGGCGUUGCCCAGCUGGAGAGGGCAGUCAGGGAGUUGCAGGCUGGCGGCACCACCACCCUGGAGCAGGUGCUGGAGGUGGCCGUGGCCCAGCAGCAGCUGAACUCGGUGCUCUACAGCCCCACGCCCUCCGCCGAGUCCUUGCAGCAGCACGUCCAGGAGAACAUGAACAGCCUGCGCCUGGGCAACUCGGAUAACCCGCUGUCGGCGCAGCAGCAGAUGCAGAUGCAGCAGCAGCAGCAACAGAUCCAGCAGCAGUUCCAGCAGCAGCAGAUGCUCGAGAACCUGCAGCAGCAGCAGCAACUGCAGCAGCAGCAGCAGGUCCUCAGCAACAUGCAGAUCCAACAGCAGCUCAUGCUGCAGCCCCGAGACCAGCAGCAGCUGCAGCAGCAGCAACAGCAGAUCAUGGAGAAUAUCCAGCAGCAGCAGCAGCAGCUGCAGCAGAAUCAGCAGCAGCAAGUCCUCAACAACAUUCAGCUCCAGGAUCAGCAGCAGCAGAGCCAGAUGCUGAGCAACUUGCAGCAACGCCAGCUGCAGCAGCAGCAGCAGGAGCAGCAGGUCUUGGAGAAGCUGCAGCAGCAGCUGCAGGCCGAGCUGCUGCAGCCCCAGAUCCACACCUCUACCCAAGCGCCGCAGCCCGUCUCCCUCCUGCAGCAGGCCGGCGACCUGCUCACCAUCCAGACCAGCUUCCCGACGCAGCCCCCGUCCCACACGUCCCCGCCGCAGCAGCUCUUCCAGUCGCCCCAGCCGCUGGCCGAGACCCAGAGCUCCCAGCAGCAGGUGCAGGCCGCCCUGCUGCAGAACACGCUGAGCGUUCUGUCCGGUGGCGCUCUGAGCUCAGAGCAGCCGGCCGCAGGCUCCGCCCUGUUCUUAUCCGCCAACCCCAGCCCGCAGCAGCCGCAGCCCCAGCUGGCCUUCAUCUCCUCCAUGGAGACGUCGUCCAGCCAGCCCCAGCCCGUUUCCAUGUUCCAGAACCAACCUCCGUCCCAGCUUUCCCAGCUGCAGCCUCAGAACACGCCCAUGGAGCAGCAGCAGUCCCCACAGCAGAACCAACAGCAGCCGCAGCAGCUUCCGAUGGGCCAGCAGGGCUCCUUGUUCCAAAACAUCGCCAACCACUCGCAGGCAAACCCCGUCCCCCAAGCCCAGAUCUCCCAGCCCCAGCAAACGGGCCUGCUCCUCUGCACCGCGGAUCUGAACUCGCCGGCCAUCCUGUUCAGCACCCCAACCCAAGCCCCUCCCCCUAUCGCGAGCAUUAGCGUUGGGAUCUCCCAACCAGAUACGGCGGAGCCCAUGUCUUUCCAAGUCCAGAGCUCGUCGGAGAGCAGCUCCACGCCGGCCCCAAACCAGCAGCAGGGCUUGUUCCAGGAGCAGCAGCCCAUGCAGGUGACUCCCAGCCCCGGCCAGGUGCCCAGCAGUCAGCCGGUGAAGCUCUUCAUCCCGCAGACGUCGCUGUCCGGCCUGCAGGGGACCAUCGGCUCCCAGGAGCUGAGCAGCGAGGCCGCCGCUCCUGCCGCCACCAUCUUUGUGGUCCAGGGCGGCGUGGGCGUGGUCGCCAGCCCGGGUCAGCAGCCGCCGGAGCAGCUUUUCCAGACCGGCGUGGGCGGGACCGUAGCGCCACAGGGACAGCCCAACCUGUUUGUGUUUGGCAUCCAGAACGACUCGUCGCAGUUGCUCAGUUCUUCUGGACCCAACCUGCCCGCUCAGAGCCAGGCGCAGAGCUCCGGUCACAUGCAGCCUCUGCUGGACCGGCCCAUGGCGCAGGCGGCCCCCAGCAUGCACGGCAAUCUGCAGAACACCAUCCAGGCACAAAUGCAAACCAGCCUAGAGAACGCACUGCAGUCCAACACCCAAACUCCGAUGCAGACCGGUCUGCAGACACAGAUACAGAGCAGCUUACAGAACCAGAUGCAGGCGACAUCCAGCAUGGAUAAGAUCGAGGACAUCCUGGAAAGCCUGCAGAAGCAAUGAGACAAUGGACAGACGUGUAGAUGGGCGAAGGUGGCGUGUCGGAGGUUUUUUUUUUUUGUUUUCGUGUCAAUGCCAUAAAACAAAAAACGAGAAAAAAAAAAUCUAAAUAUUUAAUAACAAAAUGCCCUUUUACUAAAAACCCAAAUUAUGAGCUUUGACACGAUUUUUUUUAAAAGAUAAUGUGAGCCUCAGAGAUGACG